GUGUUGGCAACGAUAUACGGAUGUGAUGUAGUAAUAAACGCAGACCGCUAGUGUUCUUUCCGGUGGUGGUGGUGAGUGUGAGUGGUGUAGUGCCCAGUGGUCUUACAGAAAGUCUUCUCUCAUCUUUCAAAAUGAGGAUUUACAAGGAUAUUUUCACAGGUGAUGAAAUGUUUUCGGACACCUACAAAGUAAAACUCGUGGACGAGGUGCUGUACGAAGUGUAUGGGAAGCACGUUACAAGGAAACAGGGGGAUGUCCAGAUUGAAGGCUUCAACCCAUCUGCUGAAGAAGCUGGAGAGGGAACAGACGAAGCUGUUGAGUCUGGUGUAGACAUAGUGCUCAACCAUAGGCUGGCAGAAACAUAUGCAUUUUCUGAUAAGAAGAGUUACACAUCCUAUUUGAAGGACUACAUGAAAAAGUUAGUGCAAAAACUUGAAGAAAAAGACCCAGAACAAGUUAAUGUGUUCAAGAAUAACACAAACAAAGUAAUGAAAGAUAUCCUUGGAAGGUUCAAAGACCUGCAGUUUUUCACAGGUGAAUCAAUGGAUAUUGAUGGUAUGGUAGCAUUAUUGGAAUACAGGGAUAUAGAUGGAGAAAGUGUCCCAGUUAUGAUGUUUUUUAAACACGGUUUGGAUGAAGAAAAGUUUUAAAUAUUAUCAAAAAGGUGAAGACUGGUGAAUGUGAUCUUCAUACAUUAUGGAUCCUGAUAUUCAGAUUUGUUAAAACCCUAAUUUUUUAAAAAUGUGAUGUUCCCUUCAUUUGUGUUCCAAAACUUACUGUACAUACUCAAGGGCCUACCCUGUGCUUUUUGUAUUUAAUGUAUGUUGGAAGAUGAGAGAAGUAUUUCCAUGUUAUUUGUAAUAUUGUUUUGAAACAGUGCUUAAUACACAGCUGCAUUUCAGAGAAAA